AUGUUUUCUAAGCAGGCUUUGGAUGAAGCACUUCAGGACUUGAAUAAACAAAUCAGUGAAGAUGAAAGACUUUCUUCCAACCCUGUAGUGAAAAUUAUUUACGGGGACCCUGCAGUCUUCCUGUCCCACCUUCCUAAGGACAGUGCUAUACAUUCCUCUCGGAUAUGGAGUUUCAAGAAGAGAAUCUCAGUCGAGCACCUGGCUCAUAUUGUCCAACAGAAAGGUGGCAAGGAUGUUGUGCCCAUCUUGCAGAAAUUUUUGCAAAAGAUUCAAGAUAUUAUAGCAGCUUCUAUGAAGGCCUGUCAGGAAUUCCAUUAUAAACCCAUAUUUUUCAUGUUUAUAAGGGAUCCUAUGGCAUCAGUCUCAUUGCACAAGCAGGCUGUUUCUCUGAGAUAUUUGAGGAACGAUGGGAAAUUAAGUGCUGUGGUCUUCCCCAAUGUGCCUUUGGCUGAUGGAAAGCGCCAUACAGUCCUCCUUCGGUUAAGUGGAGUGCAGCAUGGCAACAGUAAAGCCGAACUGUAUGUGGACUGUGUGCAGGUGGAUUCUGUUCAAAUUUUGCCUAAAAUCUUUUCGGAGGUGCUGCAAAGCUCAGAAUCCAUAGAAUUACGAACACUCCAGAAGAAAUCACAGGAGACUUUAGAUGACUUGAAGUUGAUUGUGAGAGGGUCCUUGUCCCAAGUGGAAACUCUACAAGACUGUUUUCUCCCACAGACAGAGCCACCAGUUCAGUAUUCAGGUGAUGUUAACAGGCAAUUAUUAAGUCACAUGUUGCAAAUGAACGAGGUACUAGUUGAAGUGAAAGAUCUCCUCAGACAGCAGGUUAAGGAGACAGCAUUUCUGAGGAAUACUAUAGCUGAAUGCCAGGCAUGUGGGUUGGGAAUAGGAGGUUUCCCCACUCCUUCCCCACAUCCCCCGAAACCCAAGUGUGAAGCCGAUACUUGUUUCCCGGGGGUACACUGCACAGACACAACAGAUGGGUACCAGUGUGGUCCUUGUCCUGAAGGCUUCACUGGAGAUGGAAUUAUUUGCACAGAUAUUGAUGAGUGCCAAUAUAAACCAUGCUUCCCAGGAGUGCAAUGUGUGAACAUGGCUCCAGGUUUCAGAUGUGAGGCCUGCCCACCAGGAUAUAUUGGGCAGAUCAUCCAAGGAAUGGGAAUAAACUUUGCCAAAAAUAACAAACAGGCUUGCUUGGACAUAGAUGAAUGUCAGCGUAUAGCAAAUGGAGGUUGUGUCCCAAACUCCAAGUGCAUAAACACCAUGGGUUCUUACCAUUGUGGUGCUUGCAAGCCAGGAUUUACUGGAGACCAAGUCAGAGGAUGCAAGGCUGAACGAAGCUGUAGAAAUCGUGUUCUCAAUCCUUGUAGCAUCCAUGCCCAUUGUUCAGAAAUAAGACAAGGGGACAUUUUGUGUGUUUGUGGCAUUGGCUGGGCUGGUGAUGGCUUUCUGUGUGGAAAAGAUGUUGAUAUUGAUGGCUAUCCAGAUGAAAAGCUUCCAUGCUCGGCUGACAGCUGCAAAAAGGACAACUGCAUGUUUGUUCCAAACUCUGGACAAGAAGAUGCUGAUGGAGAUGGUGUGGGAGAUGCCUGUGAUGAUGAUGCAGAUGGGGAUGGUAUUCCUAAUGAUCAGGACAACUGUGUCUUGACUCCUAAUGUUAACCAGAAGAAUAGUGACCAAGAUAUCUUUGGUGACGUUUGUGAUAACUGUCGAAUGGUAUUAAACAAUGACCAGCGGGACACUGAUGGAGACGGCAAAGGAGAUGCCUGUGAUGAAGAUAUAGACGGAGAUGUGGCUCUUCCUUUUGUCCUUCAGGCCAUUCUUUCUGCUGUGAAUGGAGAUAUAUCUAGCACUCUUGAUGGGGAUGGACACCAAGACAGCACUGAUAACUGCCCCACAGUCAUUAACAGCUCCCAGCUUGACACUGAUAAAGAUGGUUUGGGGGAUGAGUGUGAUGACGAUGACGAUGAUGAUGGAAUUCCUGACCACGUCCCUCCAGGGCCUGAUAAUUGCCGGCUGGUUCCUAAUCCAGGACAGGAAGAUGAGAACAGUGAUGGAAUUGGUGACAUUUGUGAAUCGGACUAUGAUCAAGAUACAGUGAUUGACCAGAUUGAUGUUUGCCCUGAGAAUGCAGAGGUCACUCUGACUGAUUUCAGAGCAUAUCAGACUGUUGUCCUGGAUCCAGAAGGUGAUGCUCAGAUUGAUCCAAACUGGGUGGUUUUGAAUCAGGGUAUGGAGAUUGUGCAAACUAUGAACAGUGAUCCUGGACUUGCUGUAG